CAUAUAAAGCUCGCCUCCCUCCCCCACCGUCUCUCCAACCAGAACAAAGGCUCCUUCGUGUUCUAGCUCGUCUACAACUCUACAGCACUGCAGAGUAAGCUCGAUCGAUGGCUGAGAGGAACAACGCGAUGCGGCCGCUCCUGCGCCGGAUGCUCUCGUUCAGGGAGCCGCUCCUGAUCAUCCCGUACCUGCUCACCUUCCUCGCCGCCGCGGCCUCGGCGUUCGUCCGGAGCCACUCCUCGCUGCUGCACGCGCUAGCGAGGGCGCUCGUCCCGGCGGCGGCGGCCAAGUGCGCGCACAGCGCCUCGCCCGUCAGCGCCGACCUGCCCGCACCGCGCUGCGACGGAGACGAAGCGGAUGCGGAGGCGGAGGACUACGCCGCGCUGAGCAAGGAGGAGGUGGAGGCGAUCAUGGGCGCGAUCGGCCUCGCGGCGGCCGGGCGCGGCGAGGGCCUGGCGGCCGUCAUGGGCCGGGACGAGGUGUCCGGGCUGUUCGAAGCCGAGGAGCCGAGCUUCGCGGAGGUGCGGGGCGCCUUCGCGGUGUUCGACGCCGACGCCGACGGGUUCAUCGGCGCGGCCGACCUGCAGGGCGCCCUGGCGAGGCUCGGCGUGCGGGAGGACGCCGCGUCGUGCCGCGCCAUGAUCGACGCGGCCGGCGGCGACAGGGACGGCAGGAUGAGCCUGUUCCAGUUCGUCGGCUUCCUCGAGAACGGCUUGUGAUGAGAGCCGGAUGAGGAACUGACUAUUUACUUCAUUUUUCCCCCCUUUUAAUUCCUUUCGUCGCCUCAGCUCGUGGCAGGAGAUGUGAGAGUAGUGGUGUAUCCUCGGAGACGGUGUGCGUGUGUUUUUUUUCCUCCUGCCAUGCGUGAGUUGGGGGUGGAUGAUGGACUGUGCAGCGAUUAACGCACUAAUUCCCAAGUUAAGGAAACAAAUCAAUGGAGCUGAUCAAUUUGCAAAGAACUCA